CCCAUCUCACAUAACAUGUCCCAUAUAUAAUGUGAAACCUCAACCAGGCAUGCAAAAAAGCCAAAGUGAAAGAAUAAAUAAUGAAUAAAAAAAGAGUCUUGCUUGACCGAGCGCCAACUGCGCCGGCGUUGCGUGGGGCAGCCGACAAAUGCGCCCAAGAGGACAACCAAAAACUCAAAACUUGGAAAAGCCUACAAACAUCUAACAACUCUUCUAAAUCGUCUAGCUCUCUCUCUCUCUCUCUCUCUCUCUCUCUCUCUCUCUCUAAACCAUAGCAAGCAACAAGCACUUUGCAAUUCAACAUGGAUCACCCCCAUCCAUCUCUUUAUCCCAAUUAUAUUCCCCGCUGAUGAUAUCUAUGUCAAUAUUGUCAAGUCAACGGUCAGAAUAGUUGGCUUGCCUUAAUCUCAUCUCUCUCCAUUUGCUUUCUAUAUAUAUCAUCUCUACCUCCCUCUAAUCAAAUCUUAUAUCCCAUCUCUCUCUCUCUCUCUCUCUCUCUGAUAUGCAAUAGGUUCUAAUAUAUACAGUGACCCUUUCGACAUCGUAAUUAGUUCUUAAUUAACUGAUUGAUUUCCUUUUUUGGAUAAUUAUUAAGACUAGUUAGCUGAGGCAACUGAUUCACAAUGAACCCUGCAAAGCUCCAGCUGGAUGAGGAUCGUCAACAUUCAGUUAGUAGAGAUCAGAUGAUGAUGAUGAAUGGCAACCGCCCCUCCCCAUUGAAGAUCAACAAGGCUUCCUAUCUCAUUCAAAAACCUCCCAACAAUAAUAAUUCCUCUUCCCGCAUGGCCAAUCAACAGCAUCCCCAUGAACACCAACAACACCACCAGCAACAGCGGCAGCCGGUGAUCAUUUACACCCAAUCUCCCAAGAUCAUCCACACGCAGGCACGUGAUUUCAUGGCUUUGGUCCAAAAGCUCACCGGCCUCGACCAACCCCAACAACCUGAAUCUACUACUACUACUGAUGAUCAUGUUCAUGUAAAGCUGGACGCUUCGUCGUUGUCGCAGGGGCGAAGAAAUCAAGAUGACCAGAUCAUCGACAUUAACAACAUGAAUAGUACUGCAAGUCAGUCUAUAAUUAGCAGCUGCAGCCACGAUGACAAUGAUCAGUCGUCUUCGGGUCUCACGGAUGAGAAUUGUGAUCAAAAUAAUAACAAGAAUGUUGAUGUUGUUCAUCAUCAAGGAAACAAAGGCAGCUUAUCGUCGUCUUGUGGAUAUUAUCCUCCCAAUGCCAUGUUCAGCCACCCAAGCCAGCCCUAUUUUGCAGACAUCCCUCUGUUCACGCCAACUUCGACUUCUUCGACCGAUUUCUUCUGCUCCCCUCGGCCUCUUUACAGAUUCUCAGAUUCCUCGUCGCAUGCGUCUCCCAAUGUUAACGUGGGUGGUUCCAUUUCUCCUUCCAUGUUCAAGUUCAUCAAGGGACUCACAGAGUAUUGACAUCAUUCAUUCAUUCAUAAGCAGCAGCAGCAGCAAACUUUGAUUUAUUGUUUAAUUGAUUCGUUAAUUUUCUGUUUAUUUUUUGGAUUUUAUGUCCAUUGUCCAUAGCUGAAUUAAUAAUUGAUUCAUUUGUUCUUGUUUUCUUCAUUUGUGUUUCUUAAUUUAGAUGUGUUCACUAGCUAUCUAACGGGGAAAGAAACUUAAUUUGAUCGAUGCUAUGCUUAUUAUUGGCUUAAUUA